UGACGUCACAUCCGUCUCUCCAGCCUAGACUUUUGUCUGCCGGCAUUUUCUUUCUAUUUCCUCCGUGCCCACUCCGCUCAGCUCCCAGAUCAACACACCGUGUAGUCGACCGGCUACAGGGAUACAGACGAAGUCCGUUGUUCCGCCGCACAAUGCCCGGGUUUCCAGACAGAGAUCGUGGCAGAGAUAGAGGGUAUGGUGGAGGACCCCCUCGUUUUGGUGGUGGUGGUGGAGGAGGCAAUAGGGGCGGACCACCUCCAGGAAAGUUUGGCAACCCUGGUGAAAGGCUGCGGAAGAAACACUGGAACCUUGACGAGCUCCCGAAGUUUCAAAAGAACUUCUACCAGGAACACCCAGAUGCCACCCGCAGAACACUUCAAGAGGUUGAGCUGUACCGAAGAAGCAAAGAAGUUACGGUCAAAGGCAGAGAUUGCCCCAAACCAAUCAUGAAAUUCCAUGAAGCUGCAUUUCCAAGCUAUGUCAUGGAUGUUAUAAGCAAACUAAACUGGACUGACCCAACCUCAAUUCAGUCUCAGGGGUGGCCAGUUGCCCUCAGUGGCAAAGACAUGGUUGGCAUCGCUCAAACUGGCUCUGGGAAAACCCUUGCAUACCUUCUGCCGGCAAUUGUGCACAUCCAACAUCAGCCAUUCUUGGAGCAUGGAGAUGGACCUAUUUGCUUAGUGCUGGCACCAACCCGUGAGCUGGCUCAGCAGGUGCAACAAGUGGCCGCUGAAUACGGCCGGGCGUCCCGUCUCAAGACCACCUGCAUCUAUGGUGGUGCACCCAAAGGACCUCAGAUCAGGGACCUUGAGAGGGGUGUCGAGAUUUGCAUCGCUACCCCAGGUCGCCUCAUUGACUUCUUGGAGUGUGGCAAGACUAACUUGCGUCGUUGCACCUAUCUGGUGCUGGAUGAAGCUGACCGCAUGCUGGACAUGGGCUUUGAACCUCAAAUCCGCAAGAUAGUUGAUCAAAUCCGGCCAGACCGUCAGACUCUGAUGUGGAGCGCCACCUGGCCUAAGGAAGUUCGCCAGCUGGCUGAGGACUUCCUGAAGGACUAUGUCCAGAUCAACAUUGGAGCACUGCAGCUCAGUGCCAAUCACAACAUCCUGCAGAUAGUUGAUGUUUGCAAUGACAUGGAGAAGGAGGACAAACUGAUCCGUUUGCUGGAGGAGAUCAUGAGUGAAAAGGAGAACAAGACCAUUAUUUUUGUGGAGACCAAAAGGCGUUGUGAUGAGAUCACCAGGAGGAUGAGACGAGAUGGGUGGCCAGCAAUGGGAAUUCAUGGAGACAAAAGCCAGCAGGAGAGAGACUGGGUCCUUAAUGAGUUCAGAUAUGGCAAAGCACCAAUCCUCAUUGCUACAGAUGUGGCCUCCCGUGGCUUAGAUGUGGAGGAUGUGAAAUUUGUCAUCAAUUAUGACUACCCUAACUCCUCUGAGGAUUAUAUCCACCGCAUUGGCCGCACAGCCCGAAGUCAAAAAACGGGCACAGCCUACACCUUCUUCACCCCCAACAACAUGAAACAAGCAAGUGACCUGAUCUCUGUGCUCCGCGAGGCCAACCAGGCCAUUAACCCCAAGCUGAUCCAGAUGGCAGAGGACAGAGGAGGUCGUGGAAGGGGGGGAAGAGGAGGCUACAAGGAUGACCGUCGUGAUAGGUAUUCUGGAGGUGGGAGGAGCAACUUUGGUGGUAGUAGCUUCAGGGAUAGGGAUAGUGAUAGAGGGUUUGGCAACGGGCCGAAGAGUGCCUUUGGUGGCGGUAAGGCACAAAAUGGUAGCAGCUAUGGAGGCAACAGUGGUAACUCUAGUGGCAGCUAUGGCAACAAUUACAGCAACAGCAAUGGACAGGGUAAUUUUGGUGGGCCAGCGAACCAGGUGGGUGCUUUUGGUAACCAAAGCUUUCAGGGGCCCCCUCAGUUUGGGGCCAUGCAGAGGGCCGGUCAGAAUGGCAUGAACCACCCGCCAUUCCCGUUCAACUCUCAGCCACCACCACAGGCCCAACAGGCACCACCCCCACCGCCGAUGGUGCCCUACCCCAUGCCACCACCUUUCCCACAGUAGAUCCGUUGUAUGCACAAUAUAUGGGAACCAACAAGAUUUUUGUUUAGUUUUGAAAUCUUACAGUAUGAUUAUUAUUGUUAUUAUUAUUAUUAUACUUUGAACUGUUUAACUUUGUUUUGCUUACAGCGGGGUUGGAAUUAUUCAGAAAACCCAGAGCAUUUAAAGGAGUCAUAGACACGUCUCCUACGGUGCAACUUUGAUUGCUGCACUUUUCCUUGACUGUUUUUUGUUACAUUCCUCAGUAAUUUAUUUUUACUAGGUAAUGCAGUGUUUUCAGUUUGUGUUAUGUGAUGUUAAUUAAGAUCUUCUUGAAAAAGGGUGCGUGUGGCCCUUUUAAAUAAAAAUGAGAAAAUGGGAA